UUAGGGACGUCACAAUGUUAGAGUUUCGUAGAAGUGUCACGACUCAAACUCCAGCAGAAAUGGAGGGUGGAAAGCUUACCGAGUAGCGUAGCUCCCUCUGUGAGAUGAAUAAGACGGAAGACUCAAAAAGACUUACACGUACCAAAGGACCACAAGAAACGACUCUCGAUACAAUAAGUUGCCCCACACGUGGUUGUGACGGUUCGGGCCAUGUAACAGGAAAAUUCUCCAAGCACAGAACACUUGCCGGAUGUCCCGUAGCAGCACGUAAAAGGAAACAUCCCACAACAGAGAGAGACAAUUUAGAUGUGUUGAUGAAGACACGCAGACAGCAAGAUUCCAAAGACACAUCCAACCCUGUGGAGCACAGAGGAAAGAGUGGGUCAAAAAGAGAACCGACAGCUGAAAAAAAUGAAAGAGAAACCAAGCCAAUUCGCGACCGAAAAGAGUGUCAACGUAAAGAAGAACGAACUAAACGCGUAUCAAAUCUGGAAAAAAUCAGACACAGUUCCUGUGAGUCAAAGCGUACACAGAUAAAAGGCAGCGUGAAACAAGAUAUAGCUCAUAAGAAGAUGUGGGUAGGAAAUAAAAACGACAAUAAAUCAAUACAGAAAAGUCUAAAAAAAUCCACUCAGUCUGAUCGAAAGGCAGAGCUUGAAAAAUCUUGUUUGUCUAAAGAAGAUUCAACAAAACGAACGAUGGUAAAGCAAAAUACAACCAAAGAUAAACAUUUAUCGAAAUAUAAAGUACAGGAAACACAACUGCGUUUCUCCAAUAUUUCUUGCAACCAAACAGAAGGAAAAGAUGGUAACAUAGAAGGUGGAGAUAAAGAUGAAGGCACAGUUGGGGAAUCAGAUAAGUCUUUAAGAUUUGAUGAAGGAAAGAACUUGUCGGAGAAUCCAGGUUUUCUUCACACUACUGAAAACACGAGAGACCAACAAGAUGUUGAUGUGGACACCAAGAGAAUCCUAGAAGCUGAAGCUGCCUUAAGAAGCCUUUCUGGAAACAUGGAAGAGCCUGAAAAAACGGGUAGUAUAGGAGAAACUGAUGAAAACCUUAUGUUUGAGAACUUAUUUGAGAAAAAAGAGGAGGAAUUUAAGGAUUCGAAAUGUGUCACCAAAUCAAGUUCCUGGAAAGACGUAGUGACUUUGAGUGGUUCAUCUUGUAGCAGCGGUGACAGAUCUCCAAUUCAGUCAUCCGUGGUUUCAUUUCCCGAUUGUGGGAGCAAACAGGAUGCUGGCUUUUCUGGUUCUGAUGAACAGAAAGAUAAUGUAGUUUCCAAUCUGAAACCGAAUUCACCUAAUGAAGACACUGACAUAGACUUGAAGGAUAAACACGUGAGUGACGGUAAGGAACCUGAAAAAGACGAAAGCUGUGCUGAGAUCGAAAAAGAGGAUAUCUACGAUGUAGAAAAUUUAUUGAAGAUUGAAGAGAAAUGCGCUACAAUACAGUCAGUUGUACCUUCUUGCUCUAUGAAAAUAGAUACAAUGACGGAUUGUUCAGUGGAGGAAAAUGACAGCGAGAAUGACGAAGAAUUUGACGAAUGCGUGAAGAAUGAAAGACAGGAAAACACAUCCCCAAAACCUGCUAUAAGAAGUAACCCUUACAGUGAACCUGAAAAUGUUGAAAAGAACUUGCCGUUUUUAUCACCAUCUAAAACUUAUACAGAGAGUGAACAAACAUUCUGUUAUGCAACAUCACAACUUUCCAAUAGCAGUUUACCCUCUCCCGAAAGACGUUCGUCACAAACAGAGGAGCUAACCCCAGGACAUCAACCUUCACAGUCCUAUUCCAUGGAGAAUAACUCAACAAUUAGGGAUGGUGACUCAAACUCCAGAUCCUCUGUUGUAGGAAGCAUAUCAGGACAUCAACCUUCACUGUCCUAUUCCAUGGAGAAUAACUCAACAAUUAGGGAAGGUGAUUCAAACUCCAGAUCCUCUGUUGUAGGAAGCAUAUCAGGACAUCAACCUUCACUGUCCUAUUCCAUGGAAAAUAACUCAACAAUUAGGGAAGGUGACUCAAGCUCCAGAUCCUCUGCUGUAGGAAGCAUAUCAGGACAUCAACCUUCACUGUCCUAUUCCAUGGAGAAUAACUCAACAAUUAGGGAAGGUGACUCAAGCUCCAGAUCCUCUGCAGUAGAAAACACAUCCGCAACCCCUACAAAUAGUCACUACUCCAAUGACAUUUCAAAAUAUUUAACUUCAUGUGUUUCCCAAUCUGGAAGUCUAACGAGUCCUGCAAAUUUAUCUCUCACCUGCAGGUCCUCUCCGAAACAGGUUCAGGAACCAAUAUUGUCCUUUUCUACUAUUCAACAUGAAUCCAAAAGUCAAACUGUCUUAAAGUUGACUCCUUUUGUAAAUACAAGUAACACACUAGCCUACCACUCUAGUCUCGGCUGUGGCGCUGAAAACUUAACAAACACUUACAUUACGACGCCAUCUUUAACCUUAAGCUCUGUACCACACGUCGACCCCAACACGUCAACUCCAAAUGCAGCAAUUGGCUGCCCACCAUCUACUGAACCACCUCAGGCUCGAAGUUAUUCAUAUCCAGAAAAGAAGAUACACACAACAUGUGAGAAAUCAAACAUGGCGGAGGACUAUUUACUUCCUCUACCAGACGACGACAAUCCUCUCGUCAUCGACGAAGAUGAAAUUGAAACCACUGACGACCUUGAACCUCCUCUUACCCCUGGUCCAUCCACAUCCUUUCCUUCAGCCACAAACAUGGAAAAAGAAAUGGCUGAUGGGUGUAAAGGUAAGCUAAGUAUGAACUUUACAGACGUGUACAAUUAUGAUGUAUUUACUUCCAACUUGGUCAUG